AUGUCGGGCGAUAGAUACAACCUUCGACGAUCGGCCCGCCUCAAGGACCAGGGUGCCUCCAGUCCCCCGCACGCCAAGCGCCCCAAGGUCGAAGCCAAGCCAACAGUCACCGAUGGAGAGUCCAAGCCUGUGGCCAAGGCCAAGGCUGGAAAGCUACCUAUCCUGUCGACCGACUUUCUGCUUUGGUCCCUGAGGGAGAACCAGGACGUCUCCUUCGGCCCUUCGCGUUCCCCUUCGCCCGUCAUCGCAUCUUCGCCAUUCCCCGACGACACCAUCGACAUCAAGGGCAAGACCAUCGCCGUGGCUUCUGCGACUCCCAAGGCCAAGACGCAGAAAGAAGAGAACAAGGAGGAGAAGAGCCGUGGUGCCGUCAAGUCUCCGGAAGUCGUCAAAUUCACUGAUGAUGAGCUUGUACUGGAUGCCGCCAUGGGCACUAGUGGGUAUCACCACGCCCUCGUGUCCUUGGAUCCCCAGACAUGGCUCAACGACGACGCCGUCUUUGGGACCCUCGAGUUUCUGGCGAAGCGGGACGAAAGCAUCGGAGUUAUGAACCCGAUCCACCUGAACGCCGCCUCGACGUGGGACGCGGCGCCUCCGUACUUUCGCCCUUAUCACGAACGACGCCUCGGGGAUAAGAAGACGUUGCUUAUCCCGGCCUGUCGGGGUUCCCACUGGACCCUGUUCGUGUGGGACUCGGACGGCAGUAUCCGCUUUUACGACUCGCUUUUCAGUCAGAGUCACCUGGUCGACGGCGCCGUCAUGCUUCGAAAAUUCUGGAGUGCCGCGUUUGGGAGCGGCAAGCCGAUGCGUGAGCCCGUCCGGGCUGUUUGCGCACAACAAUCAAACGGCUACGAUUGUGGUCUUCAUGUCAUCCGAAACGGAGACGUGACCAUCGGCCGGCAGGACGCCGACGGCCCCGAGCCCCCCGUCAGCCCCGUCCAGAUGCGGAACCACUACCGCGACAUCUUCAAGAACUGCAUCCCCUGA